AUGAAGCUGAUUCUCAUCGUCUUUUGUACCCUGCUGGCUCUCGUAGCUGCAGUGGACACAGAUACCCAGCUCCAGUGUGCCCGCAAGUGCGAUCCCCGCGACAGCUGCUGCAUCGCCAAGUGUUACCAGACGCCUUGCCCCAAUGACAGUCAGGUUGAAGAUACCCACAACUGUAUCGCCGCCUGCCCCCAAGGCACUGGCACGCCGGCCGAUACCCAGAAAUUUGCCGACUGUGAGAAGCGUUGCAUCGACACUCACUACAUGGCUACUGCCAAUGCCGCUGCUGUGACGACUUUCUCCAGCACCACUACUUCUAGCACUAUUAUUUCCGGCACCACUGUUUCUGGCACCACUGUCUCUACUACCACUACCUCUGGUAAACCAGCUUCUGACACCACUGUUUCUGGCAAUCACACCAUUCAGACUGAUGCCACUACCCACUCAGACAGUACAUCCUCCGAGGAAAGUGAUUCCGCCAGUGGUUCGUCUAGCCACACGAGUGCUGCGCACACUAACGCGGCUGCCAAUAUCAACCUGUGUGCUUCGAGCGUCGGGAUUCUUGGCAUAAUGCUCGCCGCCUUUGUUCUGUGA